AUGCGAACAGCCGCUCCCUCCUUGCGUCUCGACUUCCCGUGUGUCCGCUCACUGUUCUGGGCAAAAAGUGACGGUCGCGUCAAAACAUUGAAUCCAGGUCCCCAGUUCUCCAGGUCGAUGCAAACGGGUUGCAGGGGUCCUGGCAGCUGUGAGACUUGGCAUUUGCAGCUGUCUGUUUCCGGCAGGCACAACAGAGCUCCCCCCGCCAUCGCGCAUUUCCAAGCAACCGCCCCGCCCCCGUGUCCUGUCCGGCCCAAAACCUCCAGCUCGCACCAAGGUCCCGGAUCUCCACCCGUCCCGGCCCGGCUGCAUCUUCCAGACACUAACGAACAGGGCCCCUUACACCACCAGCGCGGGGGGCCACAACUUUUGUCUUCUUUGCAUCACAAACCAACACAGCACAGUACAGCACAGCACAAUCAAAGCCCCUCGCCCAACAUGGGGACCUUUGAUAACCUGCUGCUACAGCUUGACGAGGGCGUCACAGGCCUCUUCAAGCAGUGGAAUAUCUGGACCAGUCUCAUCGUCACCCUCUUCGCCGGCCUCAUCACCUACCAGGUCUCGACCCGCCAAGAUCCCGAUAUUCACCCCUUCCUCCUCGCUCGUCAGUCCCAGGCUUCCCCUGUCCGCCAGCCCAAAGAAUCCUCCGUCUACCGGCCUCAAGCUGCCCCCCAUGGUCUGUCUCUUCACACCGGCUUAAACGUCAAGGACCCCGGCGCCAACAAGUGGGCGAGGGGCCGUGAUGGUGAUCUCAGGGAUAUCUGGCGGCAGACCCUCGCCGGCGUCCAAGAAGGUGACGACAAGGGCGCAAAGGGCCGUAUCCUCACCGUCGAGGGCACCGAGAACGUCAAAGAGCACCAUCUCGACGCUCUUACUCGGCAAAUCAACCUCAUCGGCCAGCAUCUUGUCGACCAAGGUGGCAACCACGUGGCCGUCUACCUGCCCAACUCUGUCGAGUUGAUCGUUACCCUUUUUGCCUGUGCCUUCUACAACUUGAACGCUAUCAUCCUCCCCUUCAACCAACCCGACGCCGCCGUCAUCGACAUGCUCCGCCGUUCCGCCGCCGACACGGUCAUCACCGCCCCUGGAUCUUUCCCUUUUGACGUCGUGGUUAAGAACUACCCCUCCCUCCGCCAACUGGUGUGGGUGGUCGACGAAGGAAGCAAACACAUGGACUGGAACGAAGUACCCCAGGGCACCGGCAGCAAAGUCAAUGUUGCCACCUGGCAAGACAUCAUCAGCGACUCCCCCGUCGAAGCAGGCAAGACCCUCCCCCCUCUUGAGGACCAGUCCGAACCAAAAGACAUCACCCUCUUCUGGCAACAAGGCCCCGGGCAGGAAGAGGAAAUGGUCAAGUUCACCACAGGCAACAUCGUCUCCGCCAUUGCAGCCCAGCUAACCGCCAUCCCCACCGCCCGCCGUCUCAGCCCCUCGGAUCUUUUCCUCCCUGCGGACUCGCUGGCAAACUCGCACACUUUGGUUCUCACCCUCACGGCUCUGUUUUCCAAUUCCUCGGUUGCGUUCAACUCUUCCGCGUCCGAAGCGCCCUCUUUGUCUGCGAUCCUCAGCUCUCCGGCCGUUUCUCCUACUGUCAUAGCUGUCACACCUUCUGCUCUGUCCCAAACUCACAAGGAGGUCUCGUCUGCUCUCAAGUCAUCAACCAUAGGCAAGGACCUCCACUGGCUUUUGUCUCGGUCCUUGGCCGAAAGUGGUGCUUUCCCCGAGAGUGGGUUUCUGACCAACUAUUACAACCAAGCUUUCCGUCCCAAGUUUUCGGGCGGAAAGAAGUUGAGGUUGGUGUACACUGCUGAGAGGAUUAACGGGGGUGGGAAGGUGAGGUUGAGCGGGGAGGAGCUGAAUGAUUUGAGGUUGUAUACCGGUGCGAGGGUGGUGUACGCGUUGACGGCGGCGAGGGUUGCGGGCGCGGUGUGUCAGACGAAUGUGUAUGAUUAUCGGGGAGGGGAGCACUUUGGGCCGCCGGUGGCAAGUGUGGAGGUUGUGUUGAGGGAUAAGGGGGGGGUGAGGAAUAGUGAUGAGGAGUCGCAAGGAGAGAUUGUGGUCAGGGGCCCGGCUGUUGCUGGAAAAGAAGCUGGGUUGGGGGUUGUGGCGAGGGUGAGGGAGGAUCAUACUGUUGCGUUGAUUUAG